AUGGUUAUAACAACAUUUAUAGCAAGUAUACUACCAAUAAAGCUUUUAAAUAACUUGCAAAAAUCAUCACAAUACCUUAAUGAUUUAACUUCCCUAAGUAUUGGAAUUUUAUUAGGUACUGUUUUUGUAAUAUUAUUACCUGAAUCAAUUAAAAUCUUAAUUGAUCUGGGUACAUCUCCAACAAAUUUAAAUAUAGGAUAUCCUAUACUUUUUGGAUUUUUGUGUUUGUUUGUCAUUGAUCAAUUUUUUAAAGAUUAUAUAGAAUCAGAUACUAUAGAUAUAACAUCAACUAAAAACCCAAUAGUGGAAUCAUUUAAAUCAGUUAUUAGUUCAUCAAUUACAUUAAGUUUAUUAAUUCAUGGAUCAAUAGAUGGUAUAUCAUUAGGUUCAAGUUUCGUAUCCACCAACAAGACUUUAAAAAUUUUAUUGUGUUUAGGAAUAAUUUUACAUAAAUUACCAACAGCUUUUAGUUUUGGAAUCAUAUUAAAAUCAGAAAAUAAAAUUCAUGAACGAUUUUUUAUUUUACACUUGGUGUUAUUUGCAUUAUCUACUCCCUGCUUUGCAUUAAGUAGUUUUGGUUGUUUGAGUCUACUAAAGAUUAAUGAUAAUUUUAAUUUUUUAAUUGGUGAAAUUUUAUUAUUUUCAACUGGGAAUUUCUUAUUUAUUGUUUUGAAUUUGAUAAAUUCAUUUUUUAAAUUUAGAGAUGAAAAUGUUAGUGAAUAUAAUGAUUUAUCUAGUGGGUUAAAUUCUUUUCAAAUUGAUGAUUCUGAAAAUCAAAAAGUACAAGGAAUGAAAUUUAAAAAAUUGGGAAUUUUAGGAUGUGGAUUGAUUAUACCUAUUAUAUUAAGUUUCAUACAAGAAUAG